AUGCUUUUCAAAGCUUUCUUCUGGCAGCAAUACAUUUUUUUUGAGUUGGAACUGAUGGAUAUCCCUAAGCCUCUUGCUCUUCCGACUUCUUUUGUGCCUUUCCUUGAACCUCCUCCUCCUCCUGUGUUCAUUCCCUUGGAGAAGUUCUUCGAAAAGUACAUUGCUCCAAUAACAAUUGGGCCUCCCGAGAUAAACAAGAAGGCUGUAACAUCGGUGUUUUGGGACAUCAAUAAGUGUCCGGUACCCCCUCGCUUUUAUCUUGAUCGGGUCGGUCCGUAUAUUCGACGGUAUAUGAAGAAUAGAGGCUACUCUGGUCGUCUCACCAUCACUGUCGUUGGCGAACUAACAAAGGAGUCUAUUUUUCCGGUGGUAUCGUCUAUAGUUUCUGAAACAGGUUCCAGCGGAAUUCGGAAUCUUGUUCAUGGAUUUACCAACAGUAAUCCACCUCCAGCUAAUAUAAUGGUCAUAUCCAAUGAAGAAACCGUGAUACCACCGAGGAGAUACAACUGUCUUCCAACUACUCGUUUCGAAGAUAUUCUUUGGGCAGGAGCGCUUGAGGAUAAGCGGAGUGAAACGGGUGAAUUGGUUUGCACAGUCUGUGAUCAUGCUUCCCAAGGCUAUGAAAAUUUCAUCACGCAUCUCUCUAGUAGACCACAUGAACGGAAGAUGUUGGACUCUGUGCCUAAUGGUGUUCGGAUGACUUAUGUAACAGUAGAUAUACUCACGUAA